AUCCUCAAAAGUAACUAUGGGUCUAUUUCGUUGCCUUCUCCAGGUUACAAACAAACGUAUAAAGCUCCUGACCGCAGUGUGGUGUGUAGGGUAUAAAAAUUAUGUUAUACUGUGAAACCACCUCGAUACAAUUUGUCUUUCUGUUGAGCAUUCCGAAUUACAAAGAGAAUAAAUCGAAUUUCAAAUGGAUAACAUUGAAUCACAAAAUUGAACGUUUCAAAUUACAAACAAUUUAAUUUGAAUUUAAAAUUAAAUGAUUCAAAUCAUAAAUGGGAAAAUUCAAAUUUAAACUGAAAUGAAAAAUGAAAUUACAAUAUUCCUUAACAACGUUUUUAUGUCUCUCUCAUUUAAAUAACAAGACCAAAGAUUGAAAGGUUUUUGUUUUGUGUUCGAGAAAAAUAGGCUUGUUUGUAAUAAUUUUUGAGAAUACGAGUUAUGCGAUAAUAACGAAUUUUAAAUGAGCUCAGAUUACAUUAAAUUUGAAUAGAAGUCUGAGUAUAAAAACUAAAACCGAUAACUUCCAAAAUCAUAACACAUUCAACCAUUGAUGUAAUCAAGACAUUGAACAACACAAAAAACCAAGCAAAAUGAAAUUCUUCGUUGUCUUCGCCCUCCUCUUCGCCGUUGCCGCUGCCUUGCAAGAUAUCCGCCCUCGCAAGCCUCUUGUUGAAAUACUUAAUCUCGAAUCCGAUGUCGGACCCGAAGGUUUCAACUAUGCUUAUGCCACCAGUGACGGUACCGAGGGUGAAGCUUCCGGUCAGUUGAAGAACGUUGGUACUGACGAAGAAGCUCUUGCCGUCAAGGGUUCCUUCACCUACGUUGGUGAUGAUGGCGUUACCUACACUGUCAACUAUGUUGCUGAUGAAAACGGUUUCCAACCCGAAGGCGCUCAUUUGCCCGUUGCCCCUGAAGCUUAAGUUGUUGUUUCAAUGCACUUUUUUAGUUGUUAAGUAAUAAAGUUGUUGUUUUUUCAACAAACUUAAAAAUA